AUGAUAUUUUCGUAUAGUGCACUUGCGGAACACUGUAAAUCGAGAGAAAAUGAAACACCUGAUCAACACAAAACGCGUCUUGUGAGGGAGCGUGAAUACAAACAGCAAAAAAAAUCAAAGGAGAAUACUGAAGAACGAGAGAUGUGUAUUUUGCACGCGAUAGAGAACGAAAGCAUAUAA